AUGGCGGCCGAGGCUGGCGUGGCUGGAGUGCAGCUGCUGGACUUCCGUGGUGUCGGGAAGGUGCCGGCCUUCACGGGCAAGCGUGAGGAUGUCGAGGAUUGGAUCUUCCCGUUCGAGAGCUACUGCGGGCUGCUGGGGUGGACGGCAGGCCUGGAGCUGGCCAGCGACGCGGAGGAGCCUCUCGCCGCGGAGCAGAUCGGCGAGCAGGGCAUCCAGGUCGUCAGGAGCUUGUACCACCUGCUGGCCAGCACGACGAAGGGCACCGCGCAGAGCAUCGUGAAGCUUUGCCCGUGGGGUGAUGGCUUCGAGGCCAUGAGGAGGCUGUACAGGGAGCGCCGCACGAGGCUGAACGAGGAGCAUGGCCAGAUGCUCCAGCAGAUUCUGACGCCGCUCUGGUGGAAGGCGCGAGAAGGCAAUCAGCGCUUCACGGAAGAGGUCACGCAGAACAUGAAGACGAGCACGAUCUUGGCUCGCGCGCCCGACGACGGCAAGGCCAUGCUGAGGUCCGCGCAGAGGGAUGUGCGGAACGACAUCACAGAGAUGAGGAGCUGCAUGUUCGAGGCGGUGAUCGGCCAGAGUGGAGUGAUCGCAAAGCCGCCGACAUCAGGCAGGAGCGGCAACGACAUUGACGUCGACGCGAUCUCGAAGGGAGGCAAGGGCAAAGACGGCAAGGACAAGUGCCAGAUCUGCAACAAAGCGAACCACACGGACGGCAAAGGCAAAGGCAAGGACGUCAACACUGGGGAGGGCGACUACUACCACAAAACUGGCCACAAGAAGGCCGACUGCAGGAAGCGGCUCGCAGACGAGAAGGCGAAGAGCAACGCGGCGAUCGAACAGGACAGCACGGAGCCGAAGACGGUGGCCAAUAUCGAGUUUGCUGAGUACGCGUGCGAGAUCUACGACGACGACCAGCUCUACUGCAUGGCUAUGCGGGCAGACGACGCGGAGGCAGAGUGCUGCGCUAUGGACGGCACCACCUUCAUCGCGCUGGACACGGCGGGCGACUGCCACGUGGGCCCGGCCGCGUUCGGUGGGGGCUGCAGGAAGGCGGCGAGCGACGGGCCGAAGCUGCUGGGCGCGCAGAGGCAGGAUAUCAAGAUGGACUCCAUCGCGACGGUGCCGAUGGCGGUCGACGACGACAACGAGCCGACGAAGUUGCUGAAGGCGGACCUCAAGCUCGGGGACACGGUGUCGCAGCCGAUCCUCUCGCUGCUCGAGGUGAUGGACAAGGGUGCCGGAUUCUGGCUGAGCGCGAAGACGGGCGCGCGCAUGUGCCCUGGCGGCGACCUCAGCAAGGGCAUCCCGCUCACGAGGAGGAACAGCACGCUGGGUUUCAACGCGAAGACCUUCAGGACGACGAUGGAGGCGAAGAAGUUUGCGGCCAGCGUGGCAGCGGCGGACCAGCCGCGGCGGCUCCGCCUGGGCCAGCAGUCGCAGCGGCACCAGCUGGGCCAGCGCAGCCAGCGGCAGAACCAGCAGGACGUGGAGAACGAGUUGGACGCUGACCAGUUCUACAGCGAGGACAUGCGGACGAGGCUCGGAGAGCUAGGGGCGCCGAUCAACGGCAGGAAGGACGAGCUGCGGGCCAGGCAGAGAGACGCGGAGCGGAGGCCCCCGGCACAACAGAAAAAGAUGAAGGAGUUGGAGCGCAGGCAUGAGGAGUCCGCGCAGGGAGGGCCCGCGAUCGCACCGCGAGAAGUUGCAGGACCUGAGGCGCCGUCGGCGCCUUCGGACGCGGAACGCGCCGCCCGCGAGCUCUCGCACCUCGCGCGCGCGCCCUGGCGCGAGGCCCGCGCGCGCGGCAACGAGACGACCAAGCCGCGCAAGACGCUCGACUUCGACAAGGAGGACACGGGAACGGCCCAGAUCACCCUGGACUUCUGCUACCUGAAGACCAACACGGACUGGGCGGACAUCGGAGACGAGGAACCGCCGGCGGCGGACAUCUUCGCGACGACGAUCGUGAUGGCCAACAGGGACACGCUGAUGUUCAACGCGGUCUCGAUGCCGACGAAGGCGGUCAAGGACUGCGCAUUAGCCAGCGCGAGCUACUUCAUCGAAGGCACGCACCUCACGGCAGCGGACAUCAAGACGGACGGGGAGCCCACGAUCUUGAACUCGGUGGAGGAGGUGCGCAAGAGGCUGAGCAAGGGCGUCAAGCUGGAGCGCAACGGCAUGAAGAUCACAGCGGACGCACCCAUCUGGCGUUUGUUGACACGCUACGUGAGCUGGGCGACUUCUACCUACGCACCACGGGCCGAUGGGGGGGCAUCUCAUCAGGCAGCACUCGGAGUGACCUACAACGGCGAGGUUGUUCCAUUCGCGGAGACUGCACUGUUCAGGAUACGGGCCUCCCACGCGAGGCAGACCACGGCGACGCCUUCGAAGCGCAAGGGCGAGUCGAGCUUCGUGGCGAGAAUCUGGAUCGGGAAGCACAAGGAGAGCGACGAUCACUUGUUCCUGACGCCUGCGGGCUGGCAUCGCGCCAGGGGCCAGCGCUGCGAGCCGACGCGAAGGCAGACGAGACCUGCAGAGUGCGAGGACUUUGGCUCGCCUGGGGAGCGAGCGAGGCACGUGGAGGCGAUCUCGCUAGACGACCCCAUCGACUACAGCAUCCGGGGCGGCAUGGGGGCGGCAUCCUACGUCGCGACCAGCGGCCUGGACCUUGCGGUGGAGGUCAAGGGGGGGCGAGACGUUCUGGAGGCGCUGGCGCAUUGCGGCGCGCACAGGGACAUCCCGAGGAGCGAGGGCGGGGAGUUCAAGAUUCUCAAGGCUCGCUGGGAGCCGCAGAUGCGCGGCGGCGUCUGCGCGUGGAGGUACGUGGCCCAAGAGUUCGCGGCGAGCUCAUCAGCGCAGACAAGCAGGUUGGUGGACUUUGUCAGCAUCAAGGAGGAGAACCAAGGCACGUCCAUCGCGGACUGCGCGAAGGCUUACUAUCAGGCGGACCAGACGGAGAGGGUUUGCGCGGAGCCACCGCCAGAAUACUUGGCUACCUUAGCGGAGAUGGGGGGACCUACCGACAUCGCGUGGGCUCUAGACAAGAUGCUACCAGGACAGCGCGUGGCUGGCGCUAGGCGGGUAGACAAGGCGGCACGAACGCUGAAGGGCGAGGGCAUCGAGCGAUGUAAGUGCCAGCCGAAGCUCUACGUCCACAGGGAAAAUGAAACCCUGACCGAGGUACACAUGGGCGGCUUUCACGGAGAAAGGGCAGUGGCGAACCUAGACGGGGUGGUCAAGAGGCUGCAGGGGGCGUUCGACUUGAAGGCGACGGAUGCCAUCAGGCAGGAACGCUACUCGCACCUGAAGCGCGACAGGCUGAGGCUCGUGAACGGCGAUGUGAUGCUGCGACCGAACGUCAAGCACAUCGAUGACCUGAUCUACGUGAUCGGCAUGGAGAAUGCAAAGCUAGCGAAGGUUCCCAGCUUGAUGGAGGAGGACCCAGCCUGGAGUCCCGACCUGGGCGAGGUGGAGAACGCGAAGUUUCGCGCCCGCGUGGGGAUCUCGCUCUACAUCUCCCCCGACAGAGCGGACAUCCAGAGGGGCGUGCAGCUACUUGCGCGGAACUUGAGCCAGCCGACGGAGUUCCACAGGAAUCGCUUGGUGAAGUUGCAGCUGUUCACGGACGCGGACUUCGCCGCAUGCAAGACUACGAGGAGAGCGAUGACCUGCGGGAUCACGAGGCUGGACGGCGUGCACUUCGCGGCUUUCGCGCGACGGCAGGGAGUCCAGACCACAUCAUCAGGAGAGGCGGAGUUCUACGGGGCGACCUCUGUGGUGAUGGACGGCAAGCUCGUCAUGGACGCGCUGGAGCGGUUGGGCUACAAGGUGACCUGGGAGCUCGGGAUCGACAGCAGCGCAGCGAAGGCGAUGAUCAAUCGCGAGGGCGUCGGCAAGGCGAAGCGCCUGGACGCGGGGGCUCUGCGGGCUCAGCAAGAGCGGAAGGUGCACGGGCCCAACGUGAGGAAGGAGAGCGGCGAGAAGAACGUGGCCGACUUAGGCUCGACGGCUCAUCCUGUGGCGCGUUUUGAGCACCUGCGCGACUUGGCGGGCAUCGUGGACUCCUCAGAGAUGGACAAGCACAAGGAGCUUCAGGCGUGCUCGGUGGCAGCGAGCGCGAGCUGGGCGAGGCAGGUCCUAGUGGCCACCUUGCUGGCACAAGGGGCGACGCCGAGCUUGGCAACGACCUCUUGCGAGCUGGACUUUGACAGCCCGAGGGCCACCAGCCUGGUGGGAGUGAGGUUCCACGAUUGGAUCGAUGACCACCUGUGGACGAUCAUCCUGGCGAUCACACUGAUGGUGCUCAUGAUAGGCCUGGUGUGUGAAUGGCAAUGCAGGGCGAGGUGGGUUUCAGAGGACGCUGUAAAGCACGCGGAGAAGACGAUGAUGAUUGCUGGCACGAGCAGCAGAGACAAGGUAAAGCACGUGGAGAAGCCGACAACGAUUGCUGGCACGAGCAGCAACAACAAGGUGAAGUACACGGAGGAGCCGCCCACGGCAGAGAAGCAGAGCCAGGCGCCAUGCACCUACAGGCGAGCCGCGGAUGAGAUCAAGCUCGAGGUCAAUGGCAAGGAGAAGAAGGUUGUUGCCUCGCCGAAUCGCCGCGGGGGCGCGCAGGCUCCAGUGAGUGCACGGCCCCUCUCAGAGGCUCUCAGAGGAGGCUGGGGCCCGAAGGGCCCGGCGUGA